ACUAGAAAAAGGACUAAUGUCUUAACUGCUGAAGAAAGAAAAGACAUAAAUAAUAAUAUAAAAGCUCAAGAGGAGGAAAAGGAUCAAGAUUAUUUGACUAUAGAAGAAAUAGAAUUAGAUAGAAUUCAAAAAGUACAUAUGAAUCUUUUAAAUAAAAUAUAA